AAGUGAAGUGAAAAAUAGUUGUCAAAAUAAAACCCAAAUUAGAAUUUGGAAAAAUGUUAUUAUUUUUGUUAAUUACCCUGCUGAGCGCCUUCUUCAUCUUUGCCAAACGCCAUUACACGCAAUGGCAACGUUUGGGUUUGGUGUCCGAUGAGGCGGUGAUACCUUUUGGUUCCCUUGCGAAAGUUUUUCGCAAGGAACGUCCCUUUGGCUUGGUCAUGUACGAUUUAUAUGAGAAAUUUCAAGAGCAAGUUGUGGGCAUCUAUUUGUUCUUCAAACCAGCUCUGCUGAUCCGCGAUGCCGAAUUGGCAAGGCAAAUCCUGACCAGCGAUUUCAAUAGCUUCCACGAUCGCGGCAUAUACGUGGAUGAGAAAAAUGACCCCAUGUCGGCGAAUUUAUUCGCCUUGGAGGGUCAGUCAUGGCGUACGCUACGAAUGAAAUUGACCCCUUCGUUUUCGUCGGGUAAACUGAAGGGAAUGUUUGAGACCGUCGAUGAUGUGGGCAACAAAUUGCUGGAAUAUUUGAAUAAUCAACUGAAGGAUGGCCAGACUCAUGUUUUGGAUAUAAAAAGUAUUUUGACAACGUAUGCCAUUGACAUCAUUGGUUCGGUAAUAUUUGGCUUGGAAAUCGAUAGCUUCACCAAUCCGGAUAAUGAAUUCCGCGUUUUGAGUGAUCGUUCAUUUGACAAUGACAGCAGAAGUUUUCUGAGCAAACUUCGAAAUUUGACGAAUUUUGUGUGUCCACCAAUUGCCAAAUUGCUAACGCGCCUUGGUACCAAGGAACCUGUCGUCUAUCGCCUGCGAGAUAUUGUCAAACGUACCAUCGAAUUUCGCGAAGAAAACAAUGUGGUACGCAAAGAUUUGCUACAUCUACUAAUUCAACUACGGAAUACGGGAAAAAUAUCCGAUGACAAUGAUAAUCUAUGGAAUAAGGUUGAAUCGACGGCUACAAAUCUCAAGGCCAUGUCCAUUGAUAUGAUAGCUUCAAAUUCGUUCCUCUUCUAUAUUGCGGGAUCGGAGACAACUGCCUCAAGUACCUCAUUUACCAUCUAUGAAUUGGCCAUGAAUCCAGAGGCAUUGAAAAAAGCUCAAAACGAGGUAGAUGAAUGUUUGAAGAAACAUGGAAUAAAGCCGGAUGGACGUAUAACCUAUGAGGCCAUACAGGACAUGAAAUAUUUGGAUUUGUGUGUUAAGGAAACCACCCGCAAAUAUCCUGGCCUACCAUUUUUAAAUCGCCAAUGUACCCAGGACUUUAAGGUGCCGAAUUCGAAAUUUACCAUAAAAAAGGAUACGAAUGUUAUCAUCUCCCUUUUGGGUCUGCACAGAGAUGCCAAAUAUUUCCCUGAGCCUUUGGCUUAUAAGCCCGAACGAUUUGCCGAUGAAACCAAAGAUUAUGAUGCAGCAGCAUAUAUGCCAUUUGGAGAGGGUCCCCGACAUUGUAUUGCUCAGCGUAUGGGCGUGAUGAACACCAAAGUUGCCUUGGCCAAAAUAUUGGCCAACUUCAAUAUCGAACCAAUGCCCCAUAAGGAGGCUGAAUUUCAAUUCAAUACAGCUCCGGUUUUAGUACCAGUCAAUGGUCUUCGUGUUGGUCUCUCGAAGAGAAGUUUUUGCAAAACUAAAAUGUUAUUACUGCUACUGAUUGUGGUGACGACCCUCUACAUCUUUGCCAAACUUCAUUAUACGAAAUGGGAACGUUUGGGUUUCGAAUCGGAUAAGGCCACCAUACCCCUGGGCUCGAUGGCAAAGGUAUUCCACAAGGAACGGCCAUUUGGCCUGGUUUUGUCCGACAUAUAUGACAAAUGCCACGAGAAGGUGGUGGGCAUUUAUUUGUUCUUCAAGCCGGCCCUACUGGUGCGCGAUGCCGAAUUGGCGAGACAAAUUUUGACCACAGAUUUUAAUAGCUUCCAUGAUCGUGGCCUCUAUGUGGAUGAGAAAAAUGAUCCAAUGUCGGCGAAUUUAUUCGUAAUGGAGGGUCAAUCAUGGCGUACGCUGAGAAUGAAAUUGGCCCCCUCGUUUUCGUCGGGUAAACUCAAGGGGAUGUUCGAAACGGUCGAUGAUGUGGCGGCUAAAUUAUUAAAUCACUUGAAUGAGCGUUUGAAGGAUGGCCAGUCGCAUGUUUUGGAAAUCAAGAGCAUUUUGACCACCUAUGCUGUCGACAUCAUUGGUUCGGUGAUAUUCGGCCUGGAAAUCGAUAGUUUCACCCAUCCGGACAAUGAAUUUCGUGUCUUGAGUGAUCGUCUAUUUAACCCAAAGAAGUCGACAAUGUUGCAGAGAUUUCGCAAUUUAUCAAACUUUAUUUGUCCACCACUUGCCAAACUCUUGUCGCGCCUUGGUGCCAAGGAUCCGAUAACAUAUCGCCUGCGCGACAUCGUGAAACGGACGAUAGAAUUUCGCGAAGAAAAGGGCGUUGUACGCAAAGAUCUUCUUCAGUUAUUUAUACAACUUAGAAAUACUGGUAAAAUUUCCGAUGACAACGACAAGCUAUGGCAUGACGUUGAGUCGACGGCGGAAAAUCUCAAAGCCAUGUCCAUCGAUAUGAUUGCCUCCAAUUCAUUCUUAUUCUAUAUUGCCGGAUCGGAAACAACGGCGGCCACAACAUCAUUUACCAUCUAUGAAUUGGCCAUGUAUCCGGAAAUUUUGAAGAAGGCCCAAAGCGAGGUGGAUGAGUGUCUGCAAAGGCACGGUCUCAAGCCGCAGGGACGUCUGACCUAUGAGGCCAUACAGGAUAUGAAAUAUUUGGAUUUGUGUGUAAUGGAAACCACCCGCAAAUAUCCUGGCCUGCCGUUUUUGAAUCGCAAAUGCACUCAGGAUUUCCAAGUACCCGACACAAAACUUACCAUACCCAAGGAAACGGGAAUUAUCAUCUCCCUCUUGGGCAUCCAUAGAGACCCACAGUAUUUCCCCCAACCCGAGGAUUAUAGGCCAGAACGCUUUGCCGAUGAGAGCAAGGAUUAUGAUCCAGCGGCAUAUAUGCCUUUUGGAGAGGGUCCAAGGCACUGUAUUGCUCAACGCAUGGGCGUUAUGAAUUCCAAGGUAGCCUUGGCCAAAAUAUUGGCCAAUUUUAAUAUUCAACCAAUGCCCCGCCAAGAAGUUGAGUUCAAAUUCCAUUCAGCUCCUGUUCUGGUACCAGUAAAUGGUCUCAAUGUGGGCCUAUCGAAGAGGUGGUGAAGCGCAAGUGGUUAAGUGAAUUGAGGAGUGCUUUUUCGAGAUAUAUGUUGGUGAUUAGGGUUAUAACGAUUAUUUAAGAACCAGUAUUUAAGCUUUAAUUUUUUAUUCAAAAAUUUUGAAAUAUUUGAAAUUAAAAUAAACAUAUGUAAAUAAAAUUAUGUAUAUAUAAAA